UCUUCUUCACCAUGACCCACGAUGGGCUACAAAAAGCAAAACCCCACAUCCAAACACUACAACCAGACCGAUCUCUUACUCACCGUCGGUCCCCACAAUCCAGACACCACAACCAGACCGAGCUCUACUCUUGCUCGCCGUCGGUCCCCACAAUCCAGUCCGAUCUCGGCUUCGACCCCACCUGUGCCCACCAUCCAGUCUGCUCUUAGAAGAUCGGAGACCGUCGCAACCCACCAAUCGGCUUAUACCGCGGACCGCCGCACAACACACCUCCCACACGGAGACUGUUGUGACCCACCAUCAAUAAGAACGACAUCACACACUGCCUCACGUGAAGAGCCGUCUACUGGAUGUGGAGUCGCUGCCGAGUACAGUAAGCAGCCGAUGAGCUAUCCUGGCCAAAAACCAUUGGCCCCGGGGGUUUAGAUGCAAUGGGCACCUUAUGUUAAAUUCCGAGAAAAUGUCCAAGGCUGCUACAGGGAACUUCCGAACACUUCGCCAAGCUAUUGAGGAGUUCUCAGCUGAUGCCACUAGAUUCUCUCUUGCUGAUGCUGGGGAUGGUAUGGAUGAGCGAAUUUUGUAUUUAAAACAGCUAA